AAAAAGGCGGGGUUAGAGCUGGGGAAAAAACUCAGAUAACACACUCUACCACAUCUUGCGAAAGAAUUUUGGAUCAAAUUGAGUUGGAACGAGAUGCAUUAGACUAGAGGAAUGGAAAUUACCUCUCAAGGUUGCAAUGUUCUGCUCCAAACAGAGCGGUAUUUAAAACCAGCCCUGCACUUUUCCGGAUACAGCCCCAGGCUUUUGCUUUGAGAAGGUGCAGAAAAAAAGCGUGCGCGCAAAUCAAACGAAACUUUUGGAUCUCCCCACACCAUCAUCAUCAUCAUCAUCAUCAUCAUCUUGAGUGGUGUGGAGGGAAUGAAAGCCUGCUCCGUUCCUCUCCCGGUUUUUCGGAGGCGCACUUGGAGAGCACUGCGGGAGGAAAUCGCGUUUGCAGCUAAUCAUGCGGGGAGCUCGAGCUUCGAUAUGAAACAAUAAUCAUCUCCCCUUCUUCCUCUACUGCACAGCCUAUUGGAUAUCGUAAUAACACACAGACGGUGGAAGCAGCCUUUUUAUUAUUGUUCCCCCCUUUUUUUUUAUUAUUAUUGUUGUUGUGUUUUCUUAACAAACGGCCGCCUUUUUUUCUUAAGACCAUCAUGACGUCUCCGGCGAAAUUCCGAAAAGACAAGGAGAUUAUAGCCGAAUAUGAAACUCAAGUGAAAGAGAUCCGGGCUCAGCUGGUAGAACAGCUCAAAUGUCUGGACCAGCAAUGCGAGCUCCGGGUGCAGCUCCUCCAGGACCUGCAGGACUUCUUCCGCAAGAAGGCCGAGAUCGAGAUGGACUACUCGCGCAAUCUGGAGAAGCUGGCUGAGAGGUUCCUGGCCAAGACGCGCAGCACCAAGGACCACCAGUUCAAGAAGGAGCAGAAUGUGUUGUCUCCGGUGAACUGCUGGAACCUGCUGCUGACUCAGGUGAAGCGAGAGAGUCGUGACCAUGCCACCCUCAGCGAUCUCUACCUCAAUAACAUCAUACCACGCUUUGCCCAGAUCAGCGAGGAUUCUGGACGUCUCUUCAAGAAAAGUAAAGAGGUGGGACUUCAGCUGCAGGAGGAUUUGAUGAAGGUCCUCAACGAGCUGUACACGGUGAUGAAGACGUACCACAUGUACAAUGCGGACAGCAUCAACGCCGAGAGCAAGCUGAAGGAAGCCGAGAAACAGGAAGAGAAGCAGAUGGGACGCGGGGCACGCCAAGAGGAGCGCCAAACACCACGCUCGCCUGACACGCUCGCCAGCGUCAGGCUUGACGACAAGCCUGUUCGUCGGAGCUCUGUGAAAAAGAUCGAGAAGAUGAAGGAGAAGCGCCAAGCCAAAUACACUGAGAACAAGCUGAAAGCCAUCAAGGCAAGAAACGAGUACCUGCUGGCUCUGGAGGCGACCAACUGCUGCGUGUUCAAGUACUACAUUCAUGACCUCUCCGACCUCAUUGACUGCUGUGACCUGGGCUACCAUGCCAGCUUGCACCGGGCUCUGCGUACCUACCUCUCUGCUGAGUUUAACGUAGAGACGUCCAAGCAUUGCGGCCUGGAGACGAUCGAGAACGCUGCCGAGAACCUCGAGGCCCAGGCUGACAAACAGAGACUAAUGGAGACCUACAACAACAUCUUCUGCCCUCCCAUGCGCUUCGACUUCCAGUCUCAUAUGGGGGACCAGAUGGGCUACAUGUGCGCUCAGCAGCCACUGCAGGGAGAACUUCUGCAGAGGUGCCAGCAGCUCCAGUCUCGUCUUUCCACACUCAGGAUAGAGAACGAGGAGGUGAAGAAGACCAUGGAGGCGACUCUGCAGACCAUCCAGGACAUGGUGACCAUCGAGGACUUUGAUGUAACUGACUGCUUUCACCACAGCAACUCCAUGGAGUCAGUGAAGUCUACUGUGUCUGAAUCGUUCAUGAGCAAACCGAGCCUAGCCAAGAGACGGGCCAAUCAGCAGGAGACUGAGCAGUUCUACUUUACGAAACUGAAGGAGUUCCUAGAGGGCAGGAACCUCAUUACCAAACUGCAGGCCAAGCACGAACUUAUCCAGAAGACCCUGGGAGAGAGUCAAAAGACUGACUAUUGCCUUGCCAGUGGACGGAGGAACUCGACCGCGAGGAAACAGGAAUCCGCUCAGGUCAUACCACUGAUCGUGGAGAGCUGCAUUCGCUUCAUCAGCCGACACGGCCUGCAUCAUGAGGGCAUCUUCCGAGUGUCUGGCUCCCAAGUGGAGGUCAAUGACAUUAAGAACGCCUUUGAGAGGGGUGAGGAUCCUCUGGCCGGAGAUCAGAACGAUCACGACAUGGACUCCAUUGCCGGCGUCCUCAAACUCUACUUCAGAGGCUUGGAAAACGCUCUUUUCCCAAAGGAAGUCUUCCAUGACCUCAUGGCCUGUGUCUCCAUGGAGAACCUCCAGGAUCGAGCUGCUCACAUCCGCAAGGUCCUUCUGUCUCUUUCCAGCAACACUCUGGUCAUCAUGCGAUACCUGUUCGCAUUCCUCAACCAUCUGUCCCAGUACAGUGAGGACAACAUGAUGGACCCCUAUAACCUGGCCAUCUGCUUCGGCCCCACACUUAUGUCUGUGCCUGAGGGUCAUGACCAGGUCUCAUGCCAGGCCCAUGUGAACGAGCUGAUCAAGACUAUCAUCAUCCACCAUGAGAGCAUCUUCCCCGGUCCACGUGAGCUUGAGGGCCCUGUGUAUGAGCGUGGAGGAGCCCCUGAAGAAUACUGUGACAGUCCACACAGCGAGCCCCCUCUGGUGGACGAACCAGCACCUGAUACCGUCUCGGACAUGCAUAACAGUGAUGAUGACUCGGACCCCAUCGAGGCCAUUGCACGCUUUGACUACUCAGGUCGUAACAAUCGCGAGCUCUCAUUUAAGAAGGGCGCCUCGCUGCUGCUCUACCACCGUGCUUCUGACGACUGGUGGGAGGGACGACACAAUGGCGUCGACGGUCUCGUGCCUCACCAGUACAUCGUGCUCCAGGACAUUGCGGAUGGUGGGUACACAGGUCGAGGCAGUCCGAAAGCUGACCUAGAGGCACCCCAUGAGGGAGUAGAGGAGAAAGUGUCUACUAGAGGCAAUGCAAGCUCACCCAUUGGAGGCCAUGUAGCCGAUAUCUAUCUGGCCAACCUUAACAAGAUGAGGAAGCGUCCAGAGGCGAGUUCAAUCCGCAGGACAUUCCGGCCAGUAGAAGGCUCUGCCGAGGGCUCAUCUGUCCCCGCGGGGGGUCUGAGAAGUUCUUCGUUGUCUGCAGCCGCGCUGCCCAAAGAGAGCGCAGACAAGAGGCCACUGAGCGCCCACAGCGUCCUCAACUCCAUCACCCGCCACUCAUCCCUCAAAGCCAAGGUGGAGAGCCCUCAGUUCCGCAGAGGCACCCCUGCAGGACGCUCCAAGAGUUUUAGUAACCAUCGACCUCUCGACCCUGAAGUGUUCUCACAGGUUGAGCACAGCUCACAGGAAAUCCAGGCGACCAUGAGCACGGCACUGAGCGAGCUGCAGGAUCUGGACAAGAAGGGCAGUGUGAAGCCGGCGCCUGAUGUGGUGCUCGACACUCUGGAGCAGCUGAAGAGCGGCGGAGCCUCCGAGCCAUCCAGCCCGCUGCACUCGCGUCCUCUCCAGCACCCGCUCCAGUGCCCACUCCAACGCAGCGCCAGCUCGGCCAGCGACGUGCCCUCCACCUCACGCCCCAUCAAGGGCCCAGCACCUAAGAGCCCUCUGUCCUCAGGAACAACGGCCACUGCACUCUCUCCUUCCACUUCCACUUUCCGAGACAACCGGCCGCCAGCCACCAGACCCAAACCUGCAGUCUUCCCUAAAAGUAGCAGCUCCAGCAGCACCACCAGUAUCCCUCCAUCUCCACCACCACCUCCUCCACCUACCGAUAAAUCCUGCCCGGCUUGAGAAAUCCAUCAAUCCUUUAUUGCUUUAUUGCGAUUCCAAAAUCCAGCCGCUGUUUUUGAUCGUGUCAGUGGAGGGAUAAACAACUAACCUCUUUUAAUUCAUUCAUUAUGGACAGUAACCUCAAUUCUGAAAUGCAGUGUGUGGAUGUGAGUGUGUGUAUUGUCUGUGUGUGGUCCACAUGCACAUGGUGGGAUUUUUCAGCACUGUUGAAACCUGAGAAAAGAAUUCUGUCUGGGUUGUGAACACUCGAUCCCUCUUUAUAGUUAUAUCUAGGUUUAAUGAUGAUUUUUUUUAAAGGCUUGUGAAUUGGAUUGGAUUAUUUUGAAAAAUAUGUAGCUGUGAAUAUGUUCCUUUCUCUCUCUCUCUCUCUCUCUCUCUCUCCCUCUGUACUUCAAUACUUACUCUUGAGGGAGCUGGACUUGACAUGUCCCAUGACAGAGACUGAACUUUUUUUUUGCAAUAUUCCAACUAUGAACUCCAUAGCAUUGCGGUGGGAAAAAAAAUGUAUCUGUGUAUUUAUAUGCAGCUAUUUUUAAGUACUGAGAUUGUGUCCGUGUUUUCGUCAGGAUAAGCAAUGUUGGCUUCUACCCUCCUCUCACAUUGGAUAUACCUGCAUUUGUAAUUCAGGAUCAAGCCUAAAGGCUUUCAGUACUUUUUUUCUCUGUAGGAAUUCCAGCAUGGCAAUUUGCUUGCACCAUUUUCUCUUCAACAGUAACCAACAACCUACUUUCUUAACAAUAUCUGGUAAAGUAAAAAAAAAAAAAUUGAACACUAAUCAGCAGUGAUCUAGAACUUUUAGCCUGUUUGCCGUGAACUAUUAUUAAUCGUUUUUAUCCACAAGCACCUGGCAAGCUCUCAGGACAAAAAAAAAAAAGAAUUCGCAUCUCGCCUUAUUGUGCAAUGUCAAGGGCAGCACUGAGGGAUAACGUCCAACUUUGCACCAGCUUUAUCUUUGCACCGACUUUAUCUAGUCUAGCUGAAUCAGUAGGAAAAAGGUGGGUGGGACCUUGGUCUAUUUUUUUUUUAUUUAUUUUUUUUUGGAGCUGCUUAAUAUUAAGUAGUGAAUUUUUUUGCCUUUCUGUUUUCUGGUUGGGAAAAAAAAUUGCUGGCUAAUAGUUACUCUUACAUUCCCUUCAAAAUCACAUGCAAGUGGCCAAACAUCCACGUACCGCUGAUGCACGUCAACAUCAAUCAGUCUGCAUGCUACGAGAAUUUGGAAUCCGAGCCGAAUCGAUGGCUCCGUAAACAAGUCAGUCGAUCUGAAGACACUGGUGGCUUCCACAGGAUUAGAGCUGUUUUUUUUUAGUAGAUAAGAAGUGUAACCAGGUAUUAAGGGAGAAAAAAUACACAUGCAAUUUGUUUUUGUCCACAGAGCUUAUGUCUUAGUAAUACAUUGAGCUGUUUUGGCUUUAUACCUCACAGCUUGACUCUAUACAGCGAAUCCUAAAUCGAUCCUACUUGCAUGGUGCAUAAGGCAAAGCUGUGCUGCUUCUCCGACUCUUUCCAUUCUUCUACCAGCUUCACAAGCACUUCUUAAUGACCUGCUCUUCAUAUUCUCCUACUGUUUACUUCUCGAUACUCAAACAUGAAUCAAACACGACGUAAUCCAGACGAACAGGGGGUAUUUCAGUGUAUACCAGAAACGAUUAAGAUUAUAACUGGAAAAAAAAAAAAUUUUUACGAAAGUGAGGAAUGUCUUGUACACUUGGUGACGUAUUUUGAUGCAAAAAUAUGGUUUCCUUCUGCCUUGCCUAAAUUUAUUUACAAUUCUCGUGGGCCGUUAUUUGGCCCGGAGUUUGCAUCAUGUGUAUCAGCUGUGUAUCUGUAUACAGAAUGUUUCUAUGUAUGUUUCUAUGUAUGUAUAGUGUAAACCAGCCUAAUGAUGGCUAUUAAUUCAUGCUUUAUACAGCAGAUUGGGAAAACUUCUCUCAUCUCUUCACAGGAGUUCACUGGGGAUAUUAGGAUUUACAAAACAGCAGACGUUUUUUCUUAGUCUUUAUAUGGAAAAUUAAGGAUGUUUGCACGCUCCAGACUUAGGAGCAGGUUAAUCCAACUGCUUAGUUCGGUUUUAUCUCAGUGUUGUUGGAGAUCCUGUAUGCUUCAUUCACAGGCUUAUGGAUGAAUUUAACAUGGGAUUUUUUGCAACAAACCAGUCUUCUGCAUGUUUAGAUAUUUCCCAGCUCUCUAACAACACAUUUGCCAGGCCAUAUUAUCUAUAUAAAAAAAAAAAAAACGAUCUGAGCCUCUCUUAGUUCAUCUAGUCUAUGUAUGCUUUUUAAAGAUUUUUUUUUUCUUCAAGAAACGCCUUGUCUAUUUACUAUGUACAAACCUUGAUGUGGUGGUCAGGAGUAAAAAUAAUGUUGGGUGUGUGUUUUGAGGUCAGGAAGAAAAAACAAGCAUGGGGCCAGUUGAUUUUAUUUUUUCCCCCCAAGGGCAGUGAAGACCUGUUAUUAAAAUCCUGAAAAUGGUGAGAAACGCCUGGAAACCCUUUCGUUAAUACCCAACUUAAAAAAAAAAAAAUUAAAAAAAAAAAAAAAAGAAAAGAGAAAAAAUCAGCAGCUGAGCAAAGCGAAUUUUAAAAGGUCAAUCUUUUCUAGAAAAACUUUUUGGACCAUUUUUUUGUGUUGUCUUGCAAUUCUCUACAUGUCUUAACAGGUGAUUAGGUAUAUCUCUAUGUGCUAUGAUUGGAAAUUUUCUCUUUGUGUGAUUCCUAAUACCUCAUAAGGCAACUGGAAACCAAAUUGGAAUGGGAAAAAAAAAAAAAAAAGCAUUAAUCUGCAUUAUUCAUAAUUAACUCAUGCAAAGUGCUUGGUGAGAUGUUCUGUCUUAAUGUGUAACUUUCUUACUGUGCAGUUGGCUGAAGUCUCGGUUUACAUGUAAUCUUUCUAUUUUCAAGUCUGCAAUUUUAAACUCGAUUCUUAUUAUGCACUUGAAUCUGCAUUGUAUGUUGGUGAACAGAUCGAGCGAGGGUUUGCUUUAUUUUAUUUUUUAUUUUUUAAAUCGUAACUAUUGUUAAAUGUGUAUUUCCUGUCCAUUUUAAAAAACAAGGCUGUAAACUUGUCUUGUAAAGAGGUAUUUAUAGUCGUCAAACUCGAGUAUCUGUUAAUGAGAGAAACCUGUGUUCAGAUGUACUUUGUAUAUACAAUGGUGUACAUUACAGAGGUACAUUCUUUCUCUUUGGUUUUCUUUCUUUUCUUUUUUUUUGGAGGGUGGGAGUGGGGUACAGGAUUGUACAGUAAUAGCAAUAGUAGUUUACUCUCAAAUACACCUUAUAUAAUUCCAUGCGUAGUUCUUGUAGUAAACAUUUUUUAAUAAACCGCUUGCUAUACA